ACGGUUGGCGAGGCAGUCUUGAGCAUAUCUUUGAACAAAAUACGGAUUCUGUUUCUGAUGCACUUCAAAGCUUUAGAUAGUUUAGAAUUUAAUGAGUAGUCCUUUAGCAAAAGUUUGAAUACCUGGUGUGUGAAGCUCCAACAAUCUCCAUGAAGCCCAAUGCCCUCCAAGACAAAGUUGGCUGCAAUGUGACACACAUUCCAUCCAUUAAUAUAAAUGUUUCUCCUCCACUGCUGACGCAUCGUGUUUGCACUGUGCACUAUCUUAAAAAUCCAUUGCACUUACUUACCUGGGCUUCUUGACAGCAUCUCCCAUACCCACAACCUCUCCCCAUAAGGUCACCUGUUGCAGAGAAACAUCAGGCUUCCCUCAAUAGUGCACCUAUUCCUGACUUGUUAAUGGAUUGGCAAUCCUCAUUGUUGCUGGGUCUAAAUGCCAGAACACCCAUCCAAUAGUGAUGUGGGAGAACAUACAGCUGAAGAACAGCGGUUGUUCAAGAUGGUGGCUUACCGCCUUCUUUCUCCGGGUCUUCCUCUAGGGUGGCACAGUGGCGCAGCUGGUAGAGCUGUUGCCACACAGCGACAAAGACAUGUCUGUGUUCGAUUCCGACCUUGGGUGCUGUCUGCGUGAAGUAUGCAUGUUAUCCCUGUCUGAAUGCGUGGGUUUCAUCCCGCAAACCAAAACGUGCAGGUUUGUAGGUUAUUUGGCCUAUGUAUACCGCCCCUUAGUUUGUAAGGAAUGGGAUAUAGAACUAAUGUGAAUGGUGUUCAGAGUGGACGGUGGGCCGAAGGGCCUGUUUCCACGCUGUAUUUUUAAAGUAAGACAUUGAAAGCUUCAUAGUAUAGGUUUUAGAAGGAUAUGGGCUAAUUGCAGGCAGGCGAGACUAGUGUUGGUCGGCGUGGGCAGGUUAGGAUGAAGGGUCUGUUUCCAUGCAGCAUAACUAGAAAUCCAGGACAUUUACUGGAGACAGUGAAUGCUGACCUUGCUAGCGAUGACCACAUUCUGAACAAUAAAGAACUAAAAUAAUAAUUUCAUCAGCGUGGUUAGGCUUUACAGAAUUGGUUGGUAUAGGCAAGUUGGCCGAAAGGCCUGUUUCCGUGCUGUACGACUCUUUAAGAGGACAAAUGGCAGAAGAACGCUAUUUAAACCCAGUGUUGGAGACUCUUUGCGGCCCUGCGACGUCCUGUAGAUCACGUGCGCAAGCCCACGAACGGGUUGCCCGGGUAACAGCGGCCGACGUUGCCAGGGACGACACCAAGAUGGCGAAGGAGAAGAGAAAACGGAAAGGGAAAGAGGAUAAGGACAAGGACAAAGACAAGGAAAAAGAGAAGGAAAAGGAGAAAAUCAAACUCAAGAAAGGGAAGUCGGGGGAUUGGACGGAGGAGGCGGCGUUGGAGCCGGAGGUGGCGCAAUCGGAUGCGAACCUAAUGUGCCGGGUGGUGUCCGAGGCGCCGGAGGAAGGGAGCUUGGAGCCGGUGCCCGAGGAGCCCGAGAGCCACGAAGUGUCGCCGGAGGUCAACAUCACCUACUAUGAGGAACCCAUACUGACCAAGCUGAUUGUGGCGAGCUACGAGGGAGAGAAGAUGCGAGGUCUUUAUGAAGGUGUAGGUGUUGCCCAAUUUCAAGGAGGUCAUGUCUAUGAAGGCAUGUUUUCGGAAGGCAUGAUGCAUGGCCGAGGUACCUACAUGUGGGCGAACGGAAUAAAGUAUGAAGGAGAUUUUGCGAUGAAUACUCCCACAGGCCACGGCACUUACACAUGGACUGACGGCAGCACCUAUGUUGGUGAAGUGCAAAAUGGAAUACGCCACAGACAGGGAACUUUCACGAGUAGUGAGCGAUCUAUUUCUUACACUGGCGAGUGGAGCUAUGGCAAAAGGCACGGAAAGGGAACAAUAUACUAUAAUGAAGAAGGAACCUCAUGGUAUCAAGGUGACUGGGUGAACAAUGUUAGGGAAGGCUGGGGAAUUAGACGGUAUAAGAGUGGGAAUGUGUACGAAGGAGAAUGGAAAAACUUUACUCGUCACGGAGAAGGCACGAUGAGUUGGAUUUCCACUAAUGAAGAAUACACAGGCCAAUGGGAAAAUGGUAUUCAGCAUGGAUUCGGGAACCACACCUGGUUUCUGAAGAGGGUGUUGGGUACUCAGUACCCACUAAGAAAUCAGUAUGUAGGAGAGUUUGUGAAAGGGGUCCGACAGGGUCAAGGCAAGUUCUUCUAUGCAAGCGGAGCCGUGUACAGUGGAGAAUGGCUGGCAAACAAGAAGCACGGUUUUGGAACAUUCUUGUUUAAGAAUGGUCGUACUUUUGAGGGAGAGUUUUUGGAAGAUCGCAUGGCAGAAUUUCCUCAUUUUUCAAUUGAGGGGAUGAACACACCAGAUCUGAGUACCAUACGCACCGAAUCACCAGUUCAAACUGGCAAUAUGAAAGAAGAAGGAUCAAAAAGUGCAAUUAGAUCAAUUCUGCAGCAUAACGUGGAACUUGAUAUCGCAUCAGUUUUGGAGAAGAUGCCAGAAGGAGACAGACAAAACGAGGUUUUGCAGUUAGAGUAUGCUAUUCUUCGAAAUUUCACACAACUGAAGAAAAUAUACAGUUUCUACAGUAGUCUGGGGCACCAGCAAUCUCCGGAUAAUGCCUUCCUACUGAGCCAGCUCCAGUUCUGGAGAUUUCUCAAAGACUGCAAAUUUCACCAUUAUGGUUUGAGUCUGGCUAUCAUGGAUAGAAUUCUUCACGAACAAUUUACUACAGUGGAGGAUACUCACUCUCCGUUUGACACACUGUUGUUGGGGAGGUUCCUGAGCUACAUUGUCAUCUUGGCCUACCAUAUUUACCACAAAGAGCAUGAAGGUCAGCGUCCUAUUCUUGAAGAUUGCUUUUCCAAACUAAUGGCCAACAAUCUUAUUCCUUAUGCCUGCGUUGUUCAUGGGCGUUUAUUUCAAGAACGUGAAUGUACUACGAUCACACUCGGCUAUGCAAAUAAAUGCUGGGACGUGUACAGAACCUAUUGUGAGCAGAAGCGUAGGCCAGCCAACACCAAGAUCAUGACAAUGAGGCACUUCCUGUGGAUGCUCAAGGAUCUAAAUUUAUUGAGCAAGCAUUUAACAGCAACUCGUAUUGUCCAGAUCUUGUCUCAGGAUAACCCGGCAGUGUCUGAUGGAACCUACCAUAACAUGGACAUUGAGAUGGUUUUCUUGGAGUUUUUGGAAGCCCUUCUCUCGUGUGCAGCAGUAUAUGUGACCAAAAGAAUGCUUGAGAAUUCGGAAAUGUCAUCUGGAACGUCAAGUGGUGUGAAUCUAACACACCUGGCAAGCACUGUGCCUGCUCAGGCAGGACAAGAACCUACAGACCAGGUCACCAUCCAAGAAUACAUUUCUCCUGAACCAAAUGGACGCGGCGCAAAAUCUCUCCUGAAGAAACGUGGAGAAGCUAAUGGAGUCGGUACAAGGAGGUCAGAGCGGAGGAAAAAUAAAGCAUCUGCCUCAUCAGCUGAGAAGUCCACAAAAGCAUCCGCCCAUCAUGAUCAGGGCAAAUCUGCAGCUGUGCUGAAACCAGCUCAGAAGGAAGAGGAGCUAAACCAGAACAUUUCCCAGUUGCAGCCUGGUGAGAACGUCUCUGGAGAUUCACAGAGUGAAAUGAGUGAUUAUGGUAAAGGAUCAGAAGAUUUGCAAAUUGCGCUCAAGCUACUCGAAACAAAAGUAAUGUCUGCCAAGGCUCCAUCACUGAAACCUGAAGUCAAGUCAGGGGCUGAACUAGAAUUGUGGCUGAGUCAAAUCUGCUUCUUCUUCUUGAAGAGACUAUUCCCAGCCUAUGAACAUGUGGAGGUCUUGAAGCUAGAGGCAAGGAAAGACAUUCUGCAACAGAAUGAACUGGAACACCAAGCAAUGAUAACGAUUGAAAUGAGGUUGAAAGAUGAAGGCAUAAAAUGCAGCCAGGAGAAUGAAUCGUCAUUGAAUGCUGGAUCACAAAGUGACGAAGAUGAUAAAAACUAUGUUCCACAGAAGGAUAAUAUUUCUGUCAUAUCCUCUAAAAAAAGCAGCGGAGUCAGAAAGAAGAAAAAAUCCGUAUGACUUGGGUCCUCACAUAUAAACGGGGACUAAUUUUAAUAAACCAUUGUUAUUAACAAUUUUCUAACUUUCACUGAAACCUAAAAUUGGAAUAAUUAGUGUCUCUGUUUAAAUAUGUCAUACCAGGGCUUAGGCAGAGGAAUAUAUCUUAGAGGAAUAUAUGUUCUAUUUAAUAGGAUAGAGGGCUAUGGGGAGAAGGCAGAAUA